AUGGGAGAACUUGGCUUAUUACUUACGUGUACCAUUACCGUUACUAAGGCUGCACCAGUUGAAAUAAAGAUGGAUUUUGAUGCAUGUGAAUUCAGUUCAGCCUGCUCUACUCCACCAGUGACACCUAUGAAGCUUUGCAAGAGCUCUGUCAUGUCGCGAUACAUUAGAAAUGCCAACAUAAGUGUCAUAGCAGACACCUGCCAGUUGUUAAGGAUUCCUGAAAAUAAGAAGAGAAAGCAUACAGAAGAAGUGGAGAAAGUGUCAGAAGAUCACAGCUCAUCUAUCAGACAAGAACCUCCUGUAAGAGUGAAGAAGGCCAAAAAGAAGGAGCUUUCAAAAGCAGAGAAAAAACUGGCAAACAGGGAGAGUGCUUUGGAACAGGCAGAUGAAGAAGAGGAGCGAAAAGAGUUUCAGAGCAAAGAGAAGCCAAAAAAACGAACUUCUCACGCCAUCACCAAAAGUGUCAUUAAUUCAAAUACAGGUAUUACGGUAAAACAACAAAAGGAAAGAAAUGAAGCUGAGGAAACGAUAAAAAACAGAAGAACAGUGUUUGUUGGAAAUUUACCUGUCAACUGUACUGCUCAGAUGCUGAAGUCUCUUUUUAAAGAGUAUGGACAAAUAGAAUCCAUUCGCUUCCGUUCUGUGGUUCCAGCAGAAGAUACUUUAUCCAAAAAGUUAGCAGCCAUAAAGCGUAAGGUACACCCUAACAUGAAGUACAUCAAUGCUUAUGUUGUUUUUAAGGAAGAAUGUGAUGCCAUUAAAGCUCUAAAAAAAAAUGGAACACAAAUUGCUAGUGGAUUUCACAUCAGAGUUGACCUUGCAUCAAAAAACAAUUCACAUGACAAUAAACGGUCUAUAUUCUUGGGAAAUCUCUCAUAUGACAUCAGCGAUGAUGCUGUGCGAGAACACUUUUCUGACUGUGGAGAUGUAGUAGCGGUGCGAAUUGUGAGAGACAGACAGACUGGCAUGGGCAAAGGCUUUGGCUAUAUUCUCUUUGAGAAUACAGAUGCUGUACAUCUUGCUCUGAAGCUCAACAACUCUGAUCUAAUGGGAAGAAAGCUGCGAGUGAAGCACUGUGUUGAGAAAGGGAAAGCACAGCAGCAAAAUCCAAAUAGAUCUCAUGGUCCUAAGAGCAGAGUUAAUACCACAUUAAAAACCAAAAGAUACUCCAAUGAUUCAUUUGUUGGGGAAAAAGCAACUCCACUAAAAAAGAGUACUAAAACAAAGAGACUAAAAAGUAUUACUCAAAAGAAAGUUGGGAAAAACAAAUAAUCUUUUGACAGCACUAACUGAAAUAUGUAAAAAUGUUGAUUAUUUUAAAUAAAAUCUUUGAAUACAGGAAUGUUCUGUCAUAAAUUUUGCUUGCUAAUACAGUCGUAAUCAUCCUUAGUACUCACCCUGGCUACCUUUGGGGUUUUUUUGGUUGUUUGCUUUUCUCAAGAAAGCAGUAUAACCCUUAAAAGGUAUGAAUCCAUAGCCCAAUCAUAGUAUGGAGGUUGUGCAUGAUUUUAAUACUGUGUUCCAGAAAUACAUUUCCAUCUCGUGUCUCGCAGCAGAGGAUUCUUUCCUCUGGAGCUGUUUGUGUAGAAUUACUCAAUAUUGAAGUAGUCCUAUAAAAAAUGAGAUUAAUUUUGCCCUGCGAAAAGGCAAAAAAAGAAAUCUUCUGUUUACAAUUGGAAAAUAUAAAGUUACUAAAUGAAUUGAAAAUAGGCAUCUAAUGUGUUAUUUUUA